AUGGGCUCAGCAUAUGCCAUUGCGUCGGUCAUUGGUCCAUUGAUUGGAGGUGCUCUCACUGAUCGUGUAUCAUGGCGUUGGUGCUUCUUCAUUAACCUUCCUUGCGGUGCACUCGCUGCCGCUUCUAUAAUCUUCCUCUUUAAAGUGCCAGAUGCAGUCAAACCAGCUGAGGCGACCUUGAAGGAAAAACUUCUGCAAAUGGAUAUACCGGGAUUUCUUUUCAUCACUGCGUCCAUCGUCUGCUACCUUCUAGCUCUGCAGUGGGGAGGUGCCAUUAAAAGAUGGAGUAACUCGGAUGUGAUUGGUACACUUGUUGGCUUUGCGUUGUUUCUCGUGCUUUUCGGGCUUAUUGAAUGGUAUCAAGGCGAGAGAGCUCCUCUCCUACGAAUUAUCUUCAGGAACCCAACUAUCGCAAAGGGUUGUGCUUUCUGCUUUCUACUUCUCAGAAUCGCCGCGAUUCGGGGAGCUGAUGCCACUGGAUCCGGAAUUCGAACUCUUCCUUUGAUCUUGGGUCUCACUCUGGUACAGAUUAUAACAGGUAUUAGUGUCGGCAAGAUAGGCGUCAUUAACCCAUUCUUGAUCGUCGGCGGAACACUAACUACCAUCUCUUGCGAAUUAUUGAUGACUUUACAACCAGACUCUUCCUCAAGCAAAUGGAUUGGUUACCAAGCUCUGGCAGAUGAGAUAGCAACUGCUACGUCAAUGCUUUUGUUCUUUCAGUCAAUGGGAGGUGCUCUGAUUGUCUCGGCAGCUCAAUCACUUUUCCAAAACGAGCUUCUCAACAUUAUUCCUCAUACCAAUCCAUCAAUUAGCCCCUCCAGCAUAUUCAGCAUAGGGGCAUCUCAAGUUCAGACUAGUUUUGCGCCUAAGGAAUUACCUGGAAUUAUAGCUGCUUAUAUGAGGGGUAUCCGAAUGGCAAUCGCUCUAUCAAUCGCUAUGGCCGGAACAGCAACACUAGUCGCAUUGAGUCAAGGCUGGUUCCGAAUGCAGCAGGAAGUGGGUAGUGGAGAUGACGUUCAAGAUGGUAUUGAGCUGGAACGACGAAACGAGAGUGGUUCUAAGAUGGCGUAG